CCUGUAAUAAACAUGGUUACUGCAAUUGCUUGUUUCAAAACUUCUUCUUCUUCUUCUUCUUCUUCUUCUUCUUCUUUUCUGACUAAUUUGAAGAUGAGUUUAUCAUAUGGAAGCCACUGUAAUGUUUUCCUUAAUCUAAUUCUAUUAGUCAUUACAUUUUCUUCCUGUUUUCUUAGUGAGGUAUGUAGCUCGUUGUUGAACACUUGUGAUAUAUCUCAAGGAAGUUGGGUUUAUGAUGAAUCAUAUCCUAUCUAUGAUUCUUCAAAAUGCCCGUUCGUCGGUGGAGGUUUCGAUUGUCAAGGUAAUGGUCGGCCUGAUAAUUCUUAUCUCAAGUACAGAUGGAGCCCCAGUGGAUGCGAAUUACCCAGGUUUGAUGGGCAAGAUUUCUUAAAGAGAUACGAAGGGAAAACGAUCAUGUUUGUGGGGGAUUCAUUGAGCCAUAAUCAAUGGAGGUCAUUCUCUUGUAUGCUUCAUGCUGCUGUGCCCAAUAUGAACUAUACUGAAUCGGCCCAAAGAGGAGGAAUUUUCCACCUCAAUUUUACGGAUUACAAGGUUUCUCUAGUUUUUAUUCGUAAUGUAUACCUCGUCGAUUUGGUUGUUGAAAACUCGGAACGAAUUCUCAAGAUUGAUACCAUAAGCAGCGGCGAUGCAUGGAAGAAAGCGGACGUUGCCAUCUUCAACACUUGGCAUUGGUGGUUACACACAGGGAGAUUACAAAUGUGGGAUAAAAUUCAGGAAGGAAACAUGACGUAUAAAGAUUUGGAUCGGGUGGUUGCUUUUGAAAAAGGAUUGACUACUUGGUCAAAGUGGAUUGACCAGAAUAUUAACCACCAAACCACUCAAGUUUAUUAUUUAGGAAUUUCUCCAGUUCAUUACAAUGGCACGGAAUGGGGAUCUCCAGGGAGGAGGUCGACUUGUGCAAACCAAACAGAACCAAUUUCUGGAUCAGUUUAUCCUGGGGGUCAAGUUUCUGGACAACCAGCAGUUCAAAGAGUUUUAAGUAAAAUGACUUCGCCGGUUUAUUUGUUAGAUGUGACACUGUUAUCGCAGUUGAGAAAAGACGGUCAUCCUUCAUAUUAUACCAACAAAGAGCAUAAAGGGUUGGACUGUAGCCAUUGGUGUAAUGCUGGUGUUCCCGAUACUUGGAAUCAUCUUUUUUAUGCAUCAACCGCUCUUCCAAGACACUGCUAAAGAUAACAUUAAACAUGAAGAUAGUCUAUCCUCUAUUGUUAGUUAUCAGCUUUUAUGCAUCGUGGUUCAAUUGAUUGCCAGUGAAAUUUGAACU